CACAAUCCACCAAAUUAUUAUUUCCUGCAUAGCAACAACUAAAACUAUGGCAGAUCAAGAAGAAAGACCCCCUUCUGGACAGGGCAAGGAAACCAUGGGGGAUGUUGUCACAGAUGCAACUGUAAAAGCUCUGCAAGAGUUUGAUUCUGGUGAGAUGGAAGCGGGUAAAGAUGCGGCUCCCUCCUCCUCCAGACCUCCAUCUGGGAAACCCUCGUCUAGGCCCACCUCGGCAAAACCAGGUUCUAAAGCUGGGUCUAGACCCACUUCAGCCAAACCAAGCUCCCGUCCAACUUCAGCAAGGUCUCCGAAACCAGAGACCGGCAGUAAACCUCCAUCCCAGGCCGGGAGUCGACCUCCAUCAGCGGGGUCAAAGAAAGGGUCAAGGCCAACUAGUGCUGCAAGCAAAAAGGACUCCAGACCACCAAGUGCUAGUAAAGAUGAAAGGCCUCCUUCUGCAGCCAAAGAUGACGCAGGGGAAGAUAUGGGUCCUGGUGAUGAAGGUGCACAAGAAUAUGAUUUUGGAGAGAUGCCACCAAUGGACAGUGGUGACUUUGGAGGAGAUGGUGGUGGAGAUGAACCACCACAGGAACCACAGGAGCCACAAGAACCAAGUCAGCCACCACCACAGGACCUAGUGCCACACCCUGGUCCUGAUGGUGGGGAUGGAGGUGGAGACAGUGGGGACGAUGAUGAGGAAAUGGAUGAUGAGGAGGGGGUUGAGUCAGAUGCGGGCAGUGAAGCAGAGACUGACAUGGUUGUCCUCGACCCAGAUCAUCCUCUCAUGAAAAGAUUCCAAAAUGCCUUGAAAUCUCAUUUGACCUCUCAAAAUGAGAAAGUAACUCUCGAGCUUAGAGAGCUAACAGAGGCAUUGAGGAAUCGCAAGAAGGAGCGUGAAGAUCUAGGUGUAGAUUUGUAUGGAAUUCAACAAGAACUAGCCAGGUUCCAGAUGUUAUUGGAGAAAAACCAUGACGAGUUCGCUAACCUUAACCAAGGCCGCCAACAAGAGGAAGCUCAGUUGGAUGACGUUCGUAACACAUACAAGGAAACUCAAGUCAUUGUCAACAAAGAGAAAAAGAAGUGUGCUGAACUCCAGGGAGAAGUCGAGAAUUUGGCCCUGCGUCUUUUCUACAUGCAGAAUGCCAAAGAGGAUGUCAGGUCAGAUAUUGCCAUUAUGAGGAGAGCAGCUGAAAAGGCUGACACAGAGGUAUCCAAGGCAGAAGUAGAGAAACAAAGACAGGACUUGUUUGUGGACCGACUGGUGGAAACAGUUGACAAACUGAAAGAAGAAAUAGCCAUGUUUGAAGCACAAAUUGCAGCACAGACUGAGGAAACAAAAGCAGCCAAAGAGGCCUUGAUGGAGGCACAUAUGGAAAUAGAGGCUAUACACUUAGAAAAGAAGCAGUUGUUCCAACAGUGGAAUAGCUCUUUGAUUGGGAUGAGGAGGAGAGAUGAGGCUCACUCUGCCAUGCAAGAAGCAUUAAAUACACAGGAGCAAAAGGUGCUAUCGUUAGAAACAGAAUUGGAAGGCUUCAAGAAAUCCAUAUGGCAAGAGCAGGAACAGAAUGAGAAACUAACUCUUAUUCUUAAUAAGACUGAGAGAGACAUAGAAACAGUUAAGAAGCAGCUGAGCCAGUGCCAGGCCAAGCAUGACGCUCUUAAGGCUGAGUAUGCUACUUACACCAGGAUGUUACACGAGACCGAGCAGGCACUCAACCGCGCUGUCACUGAUAAAACUCUGAGACUGAAUGAGCUGAAUGCCUUGAGGAAACAGAUAGAGAGAGAAUACCUGGAGAAAGUGGAAUUGGAGGAUGAAAUCAUGGAGAAAAUGCGAACUCAGCUUACGAUGGACAAGGCGUCUCAGUACACAAAAAAACUGACGACAAAACAGCGUGACUUGACCAAGAGCCUGGAAACACAAACGGCUGAGGUAGAAAACACCAUCUCUAGAGACUCUCUAGAAAUUUCCAAUGUUCAAACUCGCAUUGAGCGGCUAGGGAAGAUCAUGGACCAACUGGAUGAAGAGAUAGCUCAGAAGAACGAGAUCAUCAGUCGCAGUGAGCAGGAGAUAGUCAAGAGGAAUGCCAUCAUUGAGAGGAAACAGAACAUCAUUGACCAGUACAAUAAAAGGCUGGAGACCCUCAUCAGCAAAGCUGGGGGUGUUGAACUUGGUCCUUUGGAGAUCACCAUCAACUCGCUACAGAAAUCUAUUGAAGCUCGCCAACAGGAGAUCGCUGAGCUCCAGCAGAUGUGGCUCCGACAGCAGAGCGAGCUUGUACAGCUCACUAAGGACAAAGACAUGCAGUCUGUGGAUGUCCGCAAGCUCAAGAAACAACUCACCAUCUUGUCCCAGAAAAAGAUCAGAACUGAGGGUGACAUUGAUGAGCAGAGACGGGAGACUUAUGACAUCGAGAGAAGCAUUAGCAACAUGCAGAAUGAUAUGAUCAAACUGAACACCUUACUGAACAAAGAGAAGGGCACCCAUGAUAACCUCCACCAGGACAACAUUCUGCUGGAGAACGAUUUCAUCAUGGCUCUGAAGGAGGCAGAAAUGGAGUCUAUACAAUUGCAAGAAAAUCUAGAUGGAAUCAAAGAAGAGAAGGAAAGACUUCUAAACAGUUUAGUGGAGGCUGAGCGCCAGAUCAUGUUAUGGGAGAAGAAAACUCAGCUUGCCCGCGAAACAAGGGCCGCUGUUGACUCAGAAGUUGGUCAGGGUGAGAUCAAGGCCAUGAACGCCGAGAUUCACAGGAUGCAGGUCAGAUACACUCAGCUGAUGAAGCAGCAGGAGAAGAUGAUACAAGAAAUGGAGAAAGCAGUGUCAAGGAGAGACACCAUUGUCACAAGAGGAGAUGCCCAGCAGAAGAUUAAUAAGAAAGUGCUUACAAAGGGAACAUUUGAAAGACAAAUGGGAGAAUUGAGGAAGAAAAUCAAAGUUACAAUUCAGGAGGCCAAUGGAUGUGAUGACGAGAUUCAGGACCUGCGUGGCCACCAGGUGGAGCUCAGUCAGCAACUGGAGGACAAACAGGUCAACGUCCAGCACCUCCAGGGCAAUUCCGACACACUGGACGGUGACAUCGAAAGGCUGUUUGAAAACAAGCAGAAGAACAUGUCAGAAUUAUUGGGCAAACAGCAGAAAGCUAAAUACUUUCAACAGGCCAAGGAUGGAAAAUACACGAUGUUGUGCAAGUCAGAAUCGUCGCUGGAGAACGAGAGCACAAAGCAGGUGGACAGAAUGCAGGCCCUGAGUGCCAUCGUAGACCGCCUCAACCAGGAAUUCCCCCACGUACAACCGGCUCUGCGCCGGGUUAACCUGGCUCUGUCAACCAGAACCGAGCAGGCACAGGACUAAAAGACUAAUUUUCAAAGUCUAAAUUAUUUCUUACAAGUUACAUGUGUAAAUUUGUACAAUUCUAUAUAGAAGGAGAAAAGUCCGUCCACUUUACACUUGAUUUUUAUGUAGAGUCCAUUCCACGCUUAACAGUAUCUGUGAUAUUGUAUCUCAAGAAGAUAUACUUGUAUUUAAAAACAAAGGCAUAAAUUGUUUUUGAAAAAUGUUGUCAAUUAUAAUUUUGUUUUAUUGGUUUGUAAUAAAAUUAUUAUUUAUGAUA